UACCUAAUACAAAGAACAAAAAUGGGAGUUACAAAAUAUACUAUGGACUAUUUCAAUAAAGUGUUUCUGUAAAUCUUAUUUUUCAGUAUUCAUGGUUUCAGAUUUUUUUUUCACACAGAACAUGAGCAUUCAGGGCCUACCAGAGAUGAAGGGCUAUGACCCACUAGAUACCACCCUCAAGUUUGUCACCAGGAGGGACGACUUGGAUCCAAUUUCCUCAGAUGAUGACUCUCUCAGAGCAGAGAUGUCCUGCGGCCACGCCGUCACUCCUGAAUCUCUAACACAGUGGUGUCGCAACCUGCUGGACCAGGGGCAUUACACAUUUAAAUGCCCUGCACUGGUAGAGGGGACCACAAGGUGCAAUAAGGCGUGGUCGUACCAAGAGGUGCGCAGACUGGCAGAUUUAUCUGUUGAGGAAAUGCAGCACUUUGAGAACAACAUGGCCCGCAUGGCUGCUGCUAGACACUGCGAGUUUCAGCCAUGUCCCCAGUGCAAAACAAACAUGGAGAGGAAGGAUCUUUCCAACCUGUUUGUUAUAUGUAUCAUAUGCACAGCUGAUCAGGGGGGAACCUAUCAGUUCUGCUGGCAGUGUCAGAAGCCAUGGAAGGGCUCAGCUCCUCGAUCGGACCGCUGUGGCAACAAUGACUGCAUCAACAGGGACCUGCAACUGCUGCAGACAUGCAAAUCCAUCGACCUGCCGGAGGUGGCGGGCGUCACCAGCUGCCCCUCUAUCCGACUCUGUCCUACAUGUGGCAUGAAGAUAGAACAUACCUCCGCAGAAAGAAAAGUCUCUGCUGAGCCUUCUUCACCAAGUGGGAGGUGUUGGAGGUCCAUGUGA